UCAGGGCAGACAUUAUAACAUAACCUCUGACCGAAAAGCAGGAGACCAUGAUGUCCACCGAGAGCGUUACUGAAGAUCGUCUCUCCAAAUUCAAGAACAGAGGGAAAAAUCUCAAGAAACUUCGCGAGAAAAGGAUUGCGGAGUGCGUGGAGCUGCGCAAGACUCAGAAGAGCGAGAGUUUUCUGAAGAGGAGACGCAUCACGCUGUCCUCUCUGCCCGACGAGGACGCGCUGUCACCUGUCCCCGAUGUCAAGGCUGUUUCUGCAACUGUAGAGGGCAUAAGGAAAGACGUGACCAGCAACUGCAGAGAGGCACAAAUCCGAGGAUGCCAGAUAGCCAGGAAGCUUCUGGCCCAGGAGCAUAACGCCCCUGUGAAGGAUUUCAUAGAAGCUGGUCUGCUGCCACGCUUUGUGGCAUUCUUGAGCAUGAAUGAUGAACCCAUGCUGCAGUUUGAAGCGGCCUGGGCUCUCACCAAUGUCGCCUCUGGGACAUCCUGGUAUACGCAAAAGGUGGUGGAGAAUGGAGCAGUACCAGCUUUUAUUUCCUUGCUAGCCUCACCAUUGCUGCACAUCAGUGAACAAGCUGUCUGGGCCUUAGGAAACAUCGCUGGUGAUGGCCCUAUUUAUAGGGAUGUGCUGAUCGACUGCCAUGCCAUCCCUGCGUUACUAGCAUGCAUCACCCCAGAAACCCCAGCACAAUUGGCUGUGGGUUACUUGCGUAACUUGACAUGGACAUUGUCUAAUAUGUGCCGGAACAAGAACCCAUUUCCAGCCAUGUCGGCAGUACAGCAGAUGCUGCCCUCACUUGUCCAGCUGCUCCACCUCAGUGACAAAGACAUCUUGUCAGAUGCAUGCUGGGCAAUCUCCUACCUCACAGACGGUUCAAACGACCGCAUUGAGGUUGUGGUGAGAACUGGCAUCCUCCCUCAGCUAGUGAGGCUCAUGAGACAUGAGGAGCUUAGUGUGAUGACUCCAGCUCUACGCUGCAUAGGUAACAUAGUGAGCGGCUCAGACCAGCAGACCCAGAUGGCUAUCGAUGCCGGUGUCCUUUCAGUUCUGCCUCAGCUGAUGAGACACCCCAACCACAGUCUGAAGAAGGAGGCAGCAUGGGCUUUAUCAAACAUUGUAGCAGGGCCCUGCAUGCAAAUCCAACAGGCUAUUACCUGUGGUCUGCUGCCUCCAUUGGUAGAGCUGCUCCAAAAUGGGGACUUCAAGACCAAGAGGGAGGCGGUGUGGGCAGUCGCAAACUUAACUAGCGGGGGCACUGUGGCGCAGGUGGUCCAACUGGUGCAGAGUGGAGGGUUAGAAGCGAUCAUCAACCUGUUGAAACUCCGAGACACCAAAACUGUUAUGGUAAUCCUUGAGGCCAUCAACAACAUGUUCAUGGCAGCAGAAAAGAUUGGUGAGACGGAGAAGCUGUGUCUGUUAGUUGAAGAGCUGGGAGGCUUGGAUCAAAUCGAGAUACUCCAGAACCAUGACAAUGAGAUUGUGUACCAGGCUGCCCACAACCUCAUAGAAAAGUUCUUUGAAUAAUGAUGGACUUGAAGGUGGAGGCAACAAACGAUGGAUUGGUACUUCGGAGCGCCAAUCUUGGGAGGACCUUCAAAUUUUGAAGCUGUGCCCUUUUUUUUUUUUACUUGACUAAAAAUAAUAAAUAUUAUACCAAUGCACCACUUGUGACCCUGUAUGUAUUUGAAACUCGGCUGUGCUAAAAUGACUAGGAUGGCUAAAGAUGCCAGUUUUUGUUUGUUUGGGCGGGGGGGUACUCAGAUUGUGGUGAUAUGGAGUGUUCUUUACAAUUGCAACUUGUGUGCAAUAAAAAUGACGAUUUGGUAAAAUGGAAUAAGAAACCCGUUUUGAAGUAAUAUUUAAUAUUGUACUCAAACCAUCUCUAGUGUCCCUU